AUGACGAAGGAAACGAUCAACCAAUGUGAUAAAAGAGAGAAGAAUUUUGGGACGGGAAAAAAGAAGAUCCAGAUAGAAAGAAUUGAUAAUAAAAAGCAGAAAUCGGUGGCCUUCUCCAAACGGAGAAUGGGCCUCUUUAAGAAGGCGGAUCAAUACCGCAAAAGUACUGGCUGUAAGAUCGCCGCCAUUGCCUUCUCACCGGCGGGUCAUCUCUACACCACCGACGGCGGCGACGGCACGUCUGUUGAUGAAAUUGUCGACAAUUAUCUGAGUUUGGCUGGUCUUCCAUCCACGAGAAAUGAAGACGAUAGUAGUAGCAGCAGCAGCAGCGAUGCGGCAAAGCUGACUGGGUGGAUAUUAGACGAGAUUAUUGCUGGAGAGAAGAGUAAUGGAGAUGAUCCCCUUGCGAUGAAGGCCUUAUUGGAGAUGAUUAAACAGGAGGUCGACAACCGCAUAACAUGCUAG